ACAGAUGACUGUUGCAUAGGCCUACAUGACCUAAUGAGAUGUUGGACUCCGAAGACUGCACUUUGUCCCUGGAUAACCUCUUCUUUGAGAGGCCAGUUGUCCACAAAGUAAAGCCACUUUGUCAAGAGCAGAGUUCUUGGCAGUUGGAACCCCCUCUGUCCCUCUCCCAGAUCCCAGCCACUCAGGACAUCCAGAAAGAGGCAGAGGGUCUUUCAUCAUUCAGUUUCUCUCAGAAGUCCAACAAAUUCCUUCCCCCUUUGAAAAGAGCAGCUGACGGUGAUGGUUUCACUCCCAAGAAUAACAAAUUAAAUCAGAAUACCAGUGAUGGAAGAAAAGAACCUGAGGCACAGGGCUGGUGUGCCCUUUGGGCUCGGGAAGACUUCAUGAAUAAAUCCCAGGAUACCAAAAAGGUUAGAGGUCAAACUAAAACCCCACAUGAGUCAUGCACUGGAGCAGAAACAUUUCCCUCUGGAGUUCAGCCAAAGCCCACCUCUACGGAGAAGUUUGUUCAAACCUCCCAGUGGUCAGGUGUUGAACAGCAGCGCAAACUCAAACGGAGGCCUCAACCAGGCACGACCCGGAGUGCAGCAAACCUUCGACCAGGUUUCUAUGGCGACAGAUCCUCGGCUGGCAAAGCAGCAGGCUCCGGCCCCCUCACCGAUCUGGGCACGCCUACAGCCCGGGGACCACCACAGAAGACACAGGACAAGGGCACCAAGAGGGCUCAUGUUCUCCCCAUGACACCCCAACCCCUUCACAUACAAAGUAGUACCGCACAGACUGAACCCAACACCAUGUCUGUGUUUAUAUAUAUAUAUAUAUAAAUCAUAUACAUAUUGCUAUGAUGAGGUGUUGUAGCUGAAGAAUGUACUCAGAUGUAAUGGUCAUGGCUGCAGCCUGUCACUCACUGUUCGUUAGAGCUUGAUGAGGUGAAACGAGGUGAGCGCUACCCAAUGCCCUCUUUGCUGUAAUGACAGAAAAAUACCACUAGGGGGUGGACAAUAUCUGCCAUUUUGACUGGGGUUGGGUUACCACUGUCAGUGCGAAUGUAAAAUGAGAUGUCUAUAGAUUUGUUUU